CAACGGGUUGAAUGUCUCUUCUCGGCCUCUAUUCCUGGGUCUUGAUGUGGCAAUCCUUAUCAAGACCGCUGUGUUUUUAUUCUGCUCGGGCCUCAUUCUGUGGUGCUUAUGGGAUCUAUGGAGAAGAAAGGAUGAAGACUUCGACGACACAGAUUUGUUGGACAUGUUGAAGGAUUUGACCACCCAGAGCUACACCCUAUACAGUAGCUGCUUAGACCAUGUGAAUGAACUGGAUGAUCUGCUGGAGAACAGAUCUGUGCACAAGGUCAGCUGUAGGAGCAGAAGACAGAGGAAGCCAAGGUGGCAGCAGUCUCCAGAUUCCUAUGUUGACUCAAGCUCAGGUUGUAGCCUUACUACUGAAUAUGACUCUGAAUUUGACUCUUUCUACAACACGGCAAGUGAACUUGAUACAAAGGGAAAACCUUCAUUUUCCUCCAAAUUUCAUGUCGAGUUACCGUCUGACUGCAGACAGUGCAGGUCUAUGCACCUGUGUAACAAUGAUGGUGGCAGGUGCGUCGACAUCAGGGUGGACACUCCAGAUUCCAGAAACAAAACCACCACCAGCAGUAAGACUGAGAACAGCUUUUGGCCUCUGAGCAUUAUGGGGUCAUCUGAUUAUAUCAGCUCAUUUAACUCCUGGUCCUCCCUCAGCUCCUCAAGAUCCAGUCUAUCCACUCUUGUGUCUGUAAGAUCUGAGAUGAGUGAAGCGAUCCAUGCUCCACCAGUGGUUUCCAAGGAUGAGCCAUGCUCUACUAACAAAGGUCCUGCUGGCAGGUCAGAGUUGAAUAACCCACUACCAGUAGAAUUGCAGGGGAUGCACAGUCUAGAGAACAGUAUCUGGAAAGAGGCCACAAAGAAGAUUCCUGAGCUUGUUUUCAAUGUUGAAGAGGAAAAACAUCGAACUAUGGUGUGUGACAAAGUUACAGAUCCCGAACAGGAAAAUGCAAAGACCCCAUUUCAAAAAAGUCUUGCCAUGUUUGAAUAUCUUAUCAAAAUGAAGGAAAAAUCUUUUGGCAAAUUAUCAAAAAUGAACUCUACUGAUAUAUCCCGGGUAGCCUUCAAUGAUCAGAAACGGGAAAAGAUGGAUCUCUUGUCUAAGCCACAGGGAAAUGCCUGUCCUAACAGGUUAGUGAAGAAGCUAGUCGGACCAGGUAUUCACAUCCCUAUACCCAGAGUGAAACAUGUUUUAUUCAUGGAAAGGGCAUCCAUUCAACUUCUUGAGAUGAACCUGAAACAGAAGCGUUUGGAAAAUGUAUUGGGAGCGCCCACCAUCUUCAGCAAGUCCAUGGAACUGAUCACACCCGAAGAAACUUCUCAGCCUAAGGAAGUGACAUCAUCAGAGGUAGAGUUGGAAUUUAAUUGCUCUAAGACACUUUUCAUCAGCAAAGAAAUGAGAGACAAGCUAGAGUUCCACAUCAAACGCAAGAAAAUCCAACACCUCUGGGGUCUGCCUCAUGAGGUGACAAAGUCUAUUGAAGCCCUAAUUCCCAAGGCACCAAAUAUAGACCAUAGCAGAGUUUCCCCAAAGCCCAAGUAUGACAUAGAGGUGAUGACAAGUGACUUGCCAUUUUUGACUGACGAACAGAAAGAGGCUUUAGAGGGCAAUGUGAGGAAAAAGAAGGCUCACAAAAACUGGGGUUACCCAAAACGGAUAAUGGACUCUCUGAAGGCAUUUGAGGUUCCUGAGAGUGUGGCCAAAGACCUGUACAAGAGAAGUCACCCUGGAGCCAAAGUCCAACACCCCCGAGCGGCCUCUAAGUUUAAGGAUAUCCCUGUGGAGCCCAAAGAGCCUCAGACAUCAGCUACAUCCAAAACUAACGACCUCAAAGAAAUGAGUAAAAAACAACAGAACAACCAGAACAACUCCCAUAGCCUAUCAGAAUCCAGUGCUGCUGAGAUUCAAGAAAGAGGAUUUCCCAAAGUCGCUUUUGGGCCUUUUUCUAAGAAGUGUUUCCAUUCCGAGUAUCCAGUACUCACAAUGUGUUUGAAAUGUGGAUCCAAUCUAAAUAAAUAUUCACUACACAAAGGAUCCAACGUGCACAGAGAGUUGAUAGCAAGGAGCACAGAAGGGGAGGGAAGAGACAAUGCAUCUCCACAGACACAGACUACCUGUCUGUCAGAGCAGCCAUCAGUGUCAACUAGCAGACCCUGCAGGUUUGGAACAUCUUUUUUUAUCACUGUGAGUACCAACAUAAAGAAUGUACUCUAUGGCUGA